AUGGCCUAUGCUGAGGAAGACAGAAAUAGCUAUGAGGCAUAUAAGGAAACAGCGGAUUGGUUACGUGCCCGCACCUUCCAGCGCCCGAAGACUGCCAUCAUCUGCGGAUCUGGACUGGGAGGUCUGGCUGAUGUGUUGGAUAACAAGACAAUCUUUCCGUGUGAGGACAUCCCUCACUUCCCACAGAGCACAGUUAACAUACAGAACUAUGUGAAUAUUCAAGUAUUAUCUAACAUGCAUGUCACCUUUCCCAUCAGAGUCUUCUUUCUCCUGGGGGUGGAGAUCUUGAUUGUCACAAAUGCUGCUGGGGGACUGAAUCCCCACUUCCAAGUGGGGGACAUCAUGUUCAUUAGAGAUCACAUCAGCAUGCUCGGCUUGGGAGGGCAGAAUCCACUGCGUGGACCAAACGAUGAGAGGUUUGGAGUGAGGUUUCCCUGCAUGUCAGAUGCUUAUGAACAAGAUCUGCUCAGUCUGGCAAUGGAGAGCGCACAGGAGCUGGGCUUUCUGAGCUUCGUCCGAGAAGGAGUGUACUGUCUGCAGGCUGGUCCCUCCUAUGAAACUAUUGCCGAGUGCCGUGCACUGCAUGCGCUGGGAGGGGAUGCUGUAGGCAUGAGCACUGUCCCAGAAGUAAUUGUAGCCAGGCAUUGUGGCCUCCGAGUCCUUGGGAUCUCCCUCAUCACCAACAAAGUGGUGAUGAACUACAACAGUCAAGAGAAAGCCAACCACGAGGAAGUGCUGCGCAUCUCGGUGGUCCGGGCUGAAGCCCUGCAGAAACUGGUCACGCACCUCAUUGGCAAGCUGGGGGAAAGCACAAACUCUCCGUGA